CCACACUUCAAAUCUUCUAUAGCCGAGAAACUCUUCAUUACUGUCUUUACCGUGAUAAAAAUGUAGGAGUUUCACGAGUCGCUGUUUUUUUGUGUUCAGGCUUUAGGUAUGUAGGCAAAGACCGGGCGCUAGUUCAGUGCUGGGCUAUCCCUGCCAAGCGCACGUAGGACAAAAAGAGAAGACGAGGGAAGAAAGAAAAGUCCGCAGGGUAGUUUUGGAGUUUAAAGUAAAGAAGCUAAGAGUCUCUGUCUGCAACUAGCAUCUGUACACGAGCGAGAAGAAAGUCUGUGAGGAGAGGACAGAAAAGUUUCGCAACUGAACGAGUAUCCUGUCUUGAUGAGGUACUGAGGAAUGCGCUGUUGUCAUGGAAACCCAGUCCCAGACCAGUUCUGCAGCAGAGAAGAAGAAGAAAGUGGAGACCAUCAUAGCCACCAAGAGCGCACCCACCUGCGCAGACAUUAGUGAGAAGGCUGUGGCCUCCAGCACUACCUCCAAUGAGGAUGACAGUUCAGGUUCCCCGUAUCAUCGUGAGAGGCAUAAUGCCAUCAGUAGGCAGGCCAUGGUUCUGGGCGUAUCAGGAAAACUGAGUGAGGAACUAUCCACCUCUACUGAAGACCGCCCUCCAUUAGUGAAGAAAGAGCUUCACAGCUCUCUGCCCCACCUGGUGGACCACACCCUGCCCUAUCGGGGGACACUGUUCGCCAUGGACCCUCGCAAUGGAUACCUGGACCCUCACUAUACGACACCUCAGUUCUUUCCUGCUUUUCAUCCUCCGGUACCAAUCGAUGAUAGACACACACAAGGCCGGUACAUUUAUGAACCCUCGCCAGUACCUCCGCUACACGUGUGAGUAAACGCACAAACUAACACAACUUUACUUAUGUCAAUUCCCAUGUGUAAAGCCACCAUGAAUGUAAUUAAAGCCACCUUCUAUCAAGUUUUAAAGAAAGACACUACAGGUAAAGCCAUUGUUUUUGGAAAAAUCAU